GCGCCAGCCUGCUGCAGUCUAUCCACGAGGAGGGCCCCGAGCAGGCCGCAGGAACAGCGGCGGCAGGCCGGUCCUCUGAUGGAGGCAGGAGUCGGGUCAUUGAGCUGCUGUUGCGCUUCGACCCCGUGCGGCUCCGCUGCGAGUUUCAGUCAUUGCUGCUGCACCGGAUGCAUUACCAGGCGCAGCAGGCAAAGCCUGAGAAGAAGUCUGACUUGCUAGUGACCCCAAGCAUCGACUCUCACAGCAAGAAGCUUGCAGAAAAGCUGCUGGAGAAGCAGAAGGGUGAAUCCGGCACCGCCACUCACGAGGAGUUGUUGUUGUGGCGGCAGACCCAGGCGAAGGCGCGGAAGGAGUCCAUGCGGAAGCAGCGGCUCCAUGAAGAGGUCAGCAGCUGCACUUUCCGUCCCAACUGCAUUGCUACUGUCAGGAAGGACGAUGUGGAGAUCCUCACACCGGCGGGCAGCACCCGCACAGAGGUCCUCUACUCGCGCGGCCUGGCAGACAAGGAGAGGCGCCAGGCCAAGGUGCUCGAGGGUGAGAAAGCCAAGACGACUGCGGAGGUUCGCGGAUGCACCUUUCAGCCAAACCUCUGCAAGAGUGUCAAGAGUUACCACAAAGUGCACGAGGCGUCAGCGCAGGUGCCGCGGGGCUUCUAUGAGACGCGGCAGCGGAUGCGCGCCGCAAAUGAAAUGCGGGAGCGGGUGAAGCAACAGCGAGAGGAUCGAAUGGCCAGGAUCCAGGCGACGUCGCCUUACCAGGCCUCGGGCGCUGCAUCAACCCCUGCCACGGCCGAAGUCAGAGCAGGCAGAAGUCCUGGUGCCUCUCCGGGGCCCGAGGACCGCGUGCGGCGCAGCUCUCCAAAGAGCCAGCCAAGGCGGCAGCGGUCUGCUGGUCACGCAACAGCGCGUGAGCGGCGGGAAGGCCCAACAGCUCAGCGCCUGAGCUACACACCCCCGCGCAGCAGCAGCCUUCCUCCAGAGGCAAAGGAGCCUGAGGAUGAGAGAGAAGGAAUGGGGGGGGCGCCCGCAGAAGGCGCACCUGACAACGCCGAAGGCAAUGCAGAGGAGCUGCCCGACGACCAGCCGAUGCUAUACGUGGAUGUAAACAUCACGCCCGGGCAGCCGCCAAAGCGGAUCAUCCUUUUCCAGGGCCAGAGCAUCAGCGAGGUUGCUGCUGAUUUUGCUGCGAAUCACAUGCUGACGCCAGCUUUAGCACAGAAGCUGCACGCCUUGCUACGAGAGGUUGCCCUGAAGCAGGAGCUGCGAACGAAGUGACAAGGAUUGGGUGGCAGCUUGAGCCUCGCACGCUGGUGUACACUAUCGCAUCUUGAUGCUUUACAACCGUAAUUACCCGGAAUCAGCUGCUGAUUCCGCCUUGUAGGAUCAGCUCCUGCCGACAUCAGAGAGGGUUUAGCAAAACACUGAGCGUGCCAAUGUCCCA